AUGUCAAAUACUGGUGGUAAUGGUAAUGAUAAUGCAGCACCAUCAUUAUCAACCACAACUGAAAAUGUUAAUGGUAAUGAUGAUACUCCUUCAUCCAAUCUUACAAUAAACGAUUUAGGUGGUAGCAAGUUUCCACCACAACCAAAGAAAAGCAAACAACAACAACAACAAAAUAUUACUGAUAGAUUAUCAACGUUUUCAAACUUUUUUGAAGAUGAAAAAUUAGAUAAAGAUGAUAUGAAAUUAGAAUUUGAUAAGAUUGAAAAGAAAUUAUGCGAUAUUUUUGAAACAGAUACCAUUCCAAACAAUGCUUCAAAAGAUCAAAUUACAAGUGGUAAAAUUAAAAUCAAAGGUGAAGAAAUUACAAUCUCAAAAGAAGCUCAAGAUUUCACUUUAGAAUUAAGUUCACUAUUGAAUCUUGAUCAAAUUUUAACAUUUAUUUUGAUUAGAGAAUAUUUAACAAAUAAUAAUAAUAAAGUAUUAAAUUAUGAUAAAUCAGAAUUAUUCAAUUUAUUAGAUUAUUAUUAUAAUGAAAGGGCAUCAUUAUUGUGUAUAUUAGGAUCAAUCAUAAAGAAAGAAUCAUCACAAUCAAAGUAUAGUUCUUUCUUAAAACCAUUCAUUGAAAAGAAUAGAGCAUCAAUUGAAUCAAGAUUACUAUCUUAUUUAAUUUCAUUUUAUAAUUUUACAAUUCCUUCAAAUUUAGAAGAAUUACAACAAUUUUAUUGUUCAAGUAUAAUUAAAGAACAAUUAAUAAUAGUUGAAACAUUAUUUUCAUAUAACUAUUUAAAAGUAAAGAAAAGUGGUAAUUGUAGUAAUAGUAGUAGUAAUAUGAAUGAUGUUAAUGAGUUAUUAAUAAUAUUGAAAAAGAUAAAUCAACUUCAAAUUGGGUCAUACUCUGAUCAAUUGAUUGGUAUAUUGAAUUCAAUGAAAAGAAAUAGUGAAGUUAUUCAAUGGUUAAAACGUAUAGAAUACGUGUUGGUAUUACUAGUAUUUUGUAAUAAUAGAGAUUUAUUAAGACAUGAAUCAUUACAACAAAAUGAAUUAGAAAUUAUAAAUACAAUUACAACUUUAUCACAAUCAAUUCAUUAUAAUGCACCACUUGCAACUUCAUUAUUCUUUACAAUUAUAAAUUUAUUCAUUUCAACUUCUUCCUCUUCUUCUUCCUCUUCUCCCUCCUCCUCUAGUUCAGUUAAUUUCUCAAAUUCACUUCAACAAUAUUUUACAAAAGCAUCAUCACAAUAUGACCCAAUUGAUUAUAUUUUUAAUUGUUUAUCAAAUGGUUUUAAUGAUAGUACUUAUUUAGCAGGAUAUUGUGAUUGUAUUCACAUAUUUUUAAAUAGAUUUAGUGAAGUUAUUAGUUUAACAGAUGUUAGUGAACAACAUGUUGAUAGAAUUAUUGAUAUCUAUUGUAUGCUUCAUGAAAAGGGUGGUGAAGUUUUAUCAUCAAUUCUUUGGAGUGAAAGAUCAAAUGAUCCAGUUUAUCAAUUUUCAAUUUCACCAGAUUGUUUAAAUAGAAAUCCUGAUAGAGUUUUAUCAAUUUUAAAAUCAAUAAUUAUUAAUGAUACUUCUUCACAAGCUGUAUUUAAUGAAUUAAUAUUAAUUAAUAUUAAUAAUCAAUCAUCAAGUAAACAAAUUAUUAGUUUUAAUGAUUUUAAUAAAGUUAAAGAAGUUUUAGAUAUUACAAAUGAUGAUGGAAAUGGUACAAUUUCAGGUGUAAUGAAAAGAGAUAUAAUUUCACAAUCAUUUAGAUUAUAUAAAUCACAAUUUAAAUCAUUUUCAGUGAUUAAUGAUGGUAGCGGUGGUGAUGGUGGUAUUGAAAUUGUAUUCACAUUACAUGAUUUAAUUAUAGAUUUAGUGGCGAUAGAAUUUAAUUCAUUUUUAGAUUCAUUAGGUCAACAAGCAUUUUUCGAUCAAAGAACUAUCGAAGUUUCAAAAGCAUAUAUAGUAGUAUUAGAUUUAAUUUCAAAAUUAGUUAAUUUCACACCUGAUUCAUAUAGUAAAUAUUUUUGGCAAUUAUUUGAAAAUAAUAGAAUUUUAGAAUCAAUCAUUCAAGUUUAUCUUAGAUUAUGUAAUCAACAAAAUUUCACUGUAAAUUCAAUACCAACAAAUAUAAAUAUAAAAGAAAGUAAUGGUAAUGGUGGUUUUCAACAAAAAAUAAAUAAACAACAACAACAACAGCCUACAUUGAUGUCAUCAUAUUCAACAGCACAUUAUAAUUUCAAUAUAAUUACAAAUGUAAUUACAUCGAUUUUAUCAUUAUUUACAUCAUUUUCAAAGAUGAAUCCAUUACCAAUUUUAAAUUUAUUAAUUGAAAAAGGUAUUUGGUCAAGUAGUCCAACCGUUUUGAUUUCAUUAUUUAAAAGGGGUUCUUUUAAUCAUUUAUAUGAUGUUGAAAAGAGAUCUUCAACAACUUCUUCAACUUCUUCAACUUCCUCCUCAUCUUUAAGUUCAUCAACAUUCCCAUUAACAAAAUCAAUAGUUAAAUUAUUUAAUACAUUUAUUAAUCCAUUGAAUCAAUUUGAGAAAUGUAUUGAUAGAUCACAAUAUAUUGGUUAUUUAGAAUCAUUCAUUUCAUUUCAUUUACAAGUGAUCUCUGAUUAUCCAAUUAUUAGUGGUAAUAAUAAUCAUAAUGAAACGUGGGAGAUGAUAUCAGAGAUCUUUUCAGCAUUAGAUUUCAUUUUAAAUAAAUCACAAUCUAGAAAUUCAAUUUUGAAAUCAUUGGCUUUUAAAAUCAUUUGUUCUUUCUCUGGUGGUAUCUUACAAUGUACUCUCUCAAGUUUAUUAGAUUUAGAAGUACUUCAAAAUACAAAUAAAUCAAUUGAUCGUACAAGUUCAAUUGAUAAUAUUUUAAAAUCAUCUUUAAAAUUCUCAAAAUCAAUACUUUCAACAAUUUAUUUAUCAAUUGUAUUAAAAAGAUCAAAUAAAAUUAACAAUAAUAAUCAAAAUAAUGAUAAUAAUAAUGAAAAUAAUAAUAAUAAUAAUAAUGGCGAUAAUAAUAAUAAUAAUAAUAAUAAUGAAAAUAAUAAUAAUAAUGAAAAUAAUGAUAAUAUUAAUGAUAAUAAUAUUGAAAAUUAUGAAAAUGAAUAUUCAAAUAAUUUAGUUGAACAAUUUUUAACAACAUUUUUCAUUGUUAAACAAAAUGAAACCAAUUUAUUAAUUGAUCAAGAGGACAGAAAUGGAUUAACAUCAACAAUUGUAACCAAUUCAAUCACUACUGAAACCAUAACAAGUAAAACUGAUUAUAAUAAUUUAUUCAUUGUAUUAUUUAAUUAUAUAAAUAUUAUAUCGGAUUGUCAAGAUAUUCAAAUUCUAUCAUGUGAAAUCUUAUCAUCAUUAGUAAGAAUACUUAGAGUAUUAGAAUCCAAUUUCUCAGUUUCAACAUUAUUCAAUACUGAUGAACCAUUCAUAUUAAUGAUUGAAAAGUUUUCAAAGAAAUUCAUAAUCAAUAAUAAUGAAUUCGAUGUUUGGUCAUUACAAUUGAAAACUAAUAUUUUAAGACUUUUAGUUGAAUCUUCAACAAAUCAAAUUUAUUUCAUAAAUAGAUUAUUAAAUUGUGAAAAUAAUAAUAUCAAUAAUAAUAAUAAUAAUAAUGAUGAUAGUGGCGGUGAUAAAAAGAAUAAAUCAUUUAUUAUUAAAUUAUUAUUAGAUAGAAAUGUUUCAAUCAAUGAUAAUUCAGAAUUCUCUUUAGCAUUAUUCCAACUUGUAAAUAAUUUAUAUUGUAAUUCAAUUUAUUAUGAUAGUUUUGUUGAUCAAUUAAAUAAUACUCAAGAUUUUUGGAAUUUAUUAUUAGAUAUGCAAAAAACAAUUAAUGAAGAAGAAGAACAAGAAGAAGAAUCAAUCAUUAAUGAAGAAUUAAUUUGUAAGAAAUUAAAAAUUACUUAUGCAAUUGAAAUUUUAUCAUUAUCAGUAUUAUUGUCUUCAGAUAUUACUACUGCUACUACUACUGUUGGAAAUUUAGUAUGUUCAACUUUAUCAAAUAAUAAAUGGAAUGAAAUAUUUAAGAAUAAUAAAAGUGGAAUUGUAAAUAUGAUUAAUAAUUAUUAUUUUCAAUUCAUUGAUUUAGAGAAUGUUUUCCCAAUUCAAAAGAUUAGAGAUUAUUGGAUGGUUAAUAAUUUACCAUCACCAGAUCAAUUACAAACUACUAUUGCCUAUCAAUAUUUCCCAAAUAUUAAUAACAAUAUACCAAUCGUUGAAUUAUUCGCUAUUGAUACUAUCAUUGAAACUUCAAAACAAUUCAAUGAUCAAUACUAUUUAGAAUUAUUAAUUCAACGUAAUCUAUUUGAGUUAUUAACAACAACAAAUCUAUGUUUAUCACGUGCUUUCUCUAAAUUAUUUAGAGUAAUUUUAAUGAAACAACCUCAAAAUUUUAUAAAUAUUAAUGGUGGUAGUGGUAGUGGUAGUGGUAGUAGUAAUAGUGGUGUACCAUUAUCAACAAUAUUACAUACAUUGGUUGAUAAAGCUACAAGUAUUGAAAAUCAAUCAAUUAAAACAUUGGUUGUAAGAAAUGAUAUAUUAAUGUUCCUUUGUGAAUCAAUUUCAACAGCAUCUCAUCUUUGGUGUAAAUCAUGUCCAAUUGAAUCAGUUGAUAUUGAAAUACUAUCAAAGUUAUCAAAUCUAUUAGCACAAUGUUCAUCGAAUCCAAUUUUAGGUCAUUCAAUUAGUUAUCAUAUUUUAACAUCAAUAUUAAUAUUGGUAGAGAAUACAUCACAACAUCAAUAUAUUGAAAUCAAAGUUUUCAAUCAAUUAAUUAAUACUCUUUCAUUGUUUAUAACUGAACCUCAUUUUAGAGUUCCACCAAUCUCAUCAAUGGAUGGAACUACAACAACAACUACUAGUGGUGGUAAUGUUGGUGAAGGUAAAACUAUAAAUGGUAAACAAAAGAAACCAUUACCUUCGAUUUGUAAUCUUUCAAUUUAUCUCUUACAAGUUUUAAUCGAUAGAUUGGACCCAAACGCUUUGAUCGCAGCUUUUCCAAAUAAUCUAUUAGAGAAUUUAGCUAAAUUAUUAAAAAACUCUUUAAAUAUGGUCAAUGGAAAUCAAAUCGAUAAUAUUACAGCCUCUUCAGUUUUAAAUUUAUUAAUUAGCUUUUGUAAACAACCAUUGGUAUCUGAACAAUUAUUAGAUAAUAGAAUCAUUCAAUUAUUAUCUGACCAUUCUUUAAAAUAUUUACAAUUCUCAAUGGAUCCAUAUUUAGCAUCAACUGAAAUUUCUGCUGCUACUGCUUCAAUAUAUGGUGGUAUCAAUUAUUAUUUCCAUAAUAAUGAUGAUGAUUAUGAUAAUCAUCGUCAAUUUAAUCAAAAAAAGAAUAAAUGGCAUAGAGUUUGGACUUUGGUUAUUAAAUUUUUAAUUUCAGUUUCAAAACCAUUGGAAAGUAGUGAAAGAUUCAUUGAACAAUUAUCAAAUUUCAUUCUAUCUCAUAAGGAUAGACUAUUCUAUUAUUUCGAUUUAUUCAAUGAAUUUGGUGCAACUCAACAUUCUCAAUACUUUACCAAACAAUGGUUCCAACAAUUGGAGUAUAUAACUUCACUAUUUUCAAUAUUCACAAAGUAUACCAAACGUUAUUACCUCUCAAUGAAUAUCUAUAGAGAAUUCUUAUCUUUAGCUUAUCGUUUAUUGGUUUCAAUUUCAAUUCAAUGUUCAGAAUUAAACUUUAUUGAAAAUAAUUUCAUACCAAUAACAAAGAAUGAAAAACAUAAAAAUUUAGUACAAGUUAAAGAAUUUAUUGAUGAUUCUCAAAGGUUACAACAACAACAACUUCAACAACAACAACAACUUCAACAAUCUCAAUUACAACAAUCAACACCAUAUAGAACCAGUCAUUAUCAACAACAAUUAUUACAGUUACAACAACAAUUACAAAAACAACAACAACCACAACAACAAAAUAUUCAAAAUUCAUUCUUUAAAUUCUCAAUUGAAUCAAAUUAUACACAUAUUAUUAAUAAUUGUUUUACAAUUUUAAUUCGUAUUAAUGAAUAUGUUAGAUCAAGUAAUGAAUUUGUACCACAACUUACAAUUUAUCCAAAUGUUGCAACUUUUGGAACUUUUGGUCAAUUAUCACAAUAUAUCAUUUCAAAAUUAUUCCAAAUUUCAAAUGUUGUUGAUAAAUUAUCAAGAAAUAAUAAUAAUAAUAAUAAUAAUAACAAUAAUAAUAAUAGUAGUUCAAUUUAUAAUAAUUUAGAAGAUCAAAAUUCAAUUUCAGUUGACGAAUUAUUAGAUUUAAAUUUAUACAAAACAAAAAUUAAACAAACCCUUGAAAAGAAUACAUUAUUAUUAAUACUUUAUGCAAAACAAACACCACCUUCAACUUCACCACAGGAAACCCUUAGAGAAAACCAAGUUAAUAAUAUAAUAACUCAUCUUUUAAAACAACAAUUUAAUAAUAAUAAUAACAAUAAUAACUUCUCACAAAAUAGAACUCCACUAAAAAAUAAUAAUAAUAAUUUAAAUAAUAAUAACACAAGUGAAAAUGAUGAAAAUGAUGAAUUUCUUAACUUUUUAUCAGAUUUGCAAAGAGUGAAAUAA